UCCGGCACGCACAAAACCGGCCCAGUGUCCUCACCGGAAGGGUCCGGAGGGAAACGCUGCCACCGAGGCAAAGGACCCGGUAGCAACUUGGUUCCUGCGCGGAUGCUGGGGCUGUAAGGAGCCAGGCGGUUGGCUGGUUGUGGAUCGCAGAAGAAGGACGCUGGGGCCCGUCGUCCAUCCGCUGCUACUAUGAUCCCGGUGUCGCUGGUGGUGGUGGUGGUGGGUGGUUGGACCGCCGUCUACCUGGCCGACUUGGUGUUGAAGUCAUCUGUGUAUUUUAAACAUUCUUAUGAAGACUGGCUGGAAAAGAAUGGAUUGAGCAUCUCUCCUUUCCAUAUAAGAUGGCAAACUUCAGUUUUUAAUCGUGCCUUUUACAGUUGGGGACGGCGGAAAGCAAGGAUGCUUUACCAAUGGUUCAAUUUUGGAAUGGUGUUUGGCGUAAUUGCCAUGUUCAGCUCAUUCUUUCUCCUUGGAAAAACACUGAUGCAGACUUUGGCACAGAUGAUGGCUGACUCUCCCUCUUCUUCCUCUUCCUCUUCCUCCUCCUCUUCCUCCUCCUCUUCUUCCUCCUCCUCUUCAUCUUCUCUUCACAAUGACCAGGUGUUGCAAGUUGUGGUUCCUGGUAUAAAUUUACCUGUCAAUCAACUGACUUACUUCUUCGCUGCAGUCCUCAUUAGUGGUGUUGUACAUGAAAUUGGACACGGUAUAGCAGCUAUUAGGGAACAAGUUCGAUUUAAUGGCUUUGGAAUUUUUCUCUUCAUUAUUUAUCCUGGAGCAUUUGUUGAUCUCUUCACCACCCAUUUGCAACUUAUAUCACCAGUCCAGCAGCUAAGGAUAUUUUGUGCAGCACUUAACGCCUCAGACGACGGCAGCCUUUCUCCGAAGCGCACGCUUUUCGUCAAGCUCUCUUGGCCAUCUCCCACCUGCUUGCUACCCAGCACCGCCACGUGGGUCUCAGCCAUGGCCUCAGAGAAACUUUUCUGUAUCACCACAGAAAAUGCAGAGAUUCCUGCUGAUUUUGUGGAGCUGCAGCCACUUAAUGUAGAAGCGGUUUCUGUGGAAACCAGCGGUAUUCAAACUAUCGAAGUGUACGAAGACAUAGGUGUCGACUGGGCACAUGGUGGCCACUACCACUCUCCUGUUAUCGCUCUGCAGCCUCUUGCGGGCGGCACCCUGAGUAAUGGUGCCCAUGAUCAGGAAAUGAUCAUCUUGCAGACACGAGAGGAGGUGGUGGGCUACCAGGACUCAGACAACCUGUUAUUCAGUGCUGAAUUUGAAAGCCAAAUGGUUGUUCCAGUUAUUAAUCAAGAUGAUUAUCUCCAGCCGACCAAUGCCUCUUUGUCGGGCUUCAUGGCAGCAGAGCAAUGUCAAGGUGAGCUCAACUCCUAUGAAGGGAAUCUCUGUAGUUUGACAACCAUUAUCGAGGCUGGUACGGAAGAACUCGUGAGCCCUGACCUGGGCGACAAACAGUGGGAGCAAAAGCAGGUAGAAAUCGAAGCUCUUGAGGGAGAAUUACCCUUCGCCAUGUGGGAGGUUACUGAACAGGAAGAUACAAUGACUGAGAAGCAGGCUGACGAUUCACCUCCUGAUUACUCUGAGUAUAUGACCGGAAAGAAAUUUCCUCCUGAAGGAAUACCUGGCAUUGACCUGUCUGAUCCCAAACAGCUGGCAGAAUUUACAAGCAUGAAACCCAGGAAGCCUAAAGGAGACUUUCCAAGACCUAUAGCUUGCUCUCAUAUAGGCUGCGGGAAGAUGUUCAAGGAUAACUCAGCUAUGAGAAAGCAUUUGCAUAUCCAUGGGCCUAGAGUACACGUCUGUGCAGAAUGUGGCAAAUCUUUUGUUGAGAGUUCAAAGCUGAAACGUCAUCAGUUGGUUCACACUGGAGAGAAGCCCUAUCAGUGUACCUUUGAAGGUUGUGGGAGACGCUUUUCCCUUGAUUUCAAUCUGCGCACUCACGUGCGAAUUCAUACUGGAGACAAGCCCUUUGUGUGCCCAUUUGAUGCCUGCAGCAAGAAGUUUGCUCAGUCGACCAACUUGAAAUCGCAUAUCUUAACACAUGUUAAGAACAAGAAUGACCAGUAAAAAGAAGUGAGAAAAUCCUGGGAAGUAUUUUUCACUAAUGUGCCUGGGAAUAAAUAUGCCGCUUGUUUGGAUAGUUUCUACGAAAGUUCUUGCAAAUGAAUUCUACAUCACUUUUGAU